GUUUGUUGUCCCUUUCACGUCGCUCCUGACAUCAUUCCAUACCAUCACUUCAGUCGCAUUACUAGCUUGCUAUCCUAACGCGCCUAUGUGUUAAUGUCUAGUGAACGGAGCCGCGCCGGGCCAAGUUCUAUUGAUGCACGGAAUGGGGUCGUAACCAGUCCAGCAGAGUACGCUGCCUCACCCACGAGUCCAGCGCUCUCUGCUGCCUCAUCUGGACGAAUAAACUUCCAGAGCCAUGGCAAAUCGCUAUCGAUGGCUUCGACAUCUUCACAUCCUGCCAGAUCGAACCGCUUCUCUGUGCAGUUCCCCAUCGCUUCGGGAUCAAACACACCCGCACGAACCGCGUCUCCGGUAAGGGAACUCGCAGCGGAAGUGCCUGUAGCCGAAGCACUGGCUCUGCUUCAGAAUGGAGCGCCUGACACUAAUUCCUUUCUGGGCCUCAUCGCGAGCCAGGAGCGAAGAGUGCUGGAGCUCAAGGAGGAGUUGCUUCGAGCGGAGGCAGAUCUGGACAAGCUGAAGCGUCAGUGGGCUCGGCAUGAAGUGCAGAAGCAGCGUGAGCAUGUCAAGCGCUUGACGAAGCUGCAGCCGCUACAAACUGCACUACCUGUCAAUGACUCGGAGGAGGAUGUGGACGGCUCAAGCGCGUGGAUGCAGCAAGAGAUGGAGAGGAGGAAAGCUUUGCUCUCGAGGAGUAACACUACUGGCGGACGAACGGUCCUGCCUGGUCAGAGACAUGCACGAGCUUUGUCAUUAUUGUCGCUUGCAAGAGACAAUAAUGGCAGGGAUCUUACUGCUCCUGCACCGCAAAGGCCACCUCCGCCUAGGAAGGAUAGUCUGAAGAACCGACCGAGCGUUGAGGGUGCAGCGUCUGACCCGCCUCCUUUGAUCGAGCCCAUUACGGAAACAGCAGGUCUUACCAGUGAGGUCAACAAGAGCGUAAUUGCAAAUAUCGACCUUACGCAGAGAGCGACCAUCGACCAAGAAGCGCUGCUGAAAACUGGAAAGAAGAUGGCUACAGACUUUAAGGACGGACUGUGGACGUUUUGGGAGGAUCUGCGACAAGCUACAGUUGGUGAUGAUUCAGUUCCUAUACCGCCUCCCAGGCGCAAGAGCUCGACACAGACGCCUCGAACUGCUCGCAAACAGGGCAGUCGCAAUAGUCUGCGUCCUUCCUCUCGAGGCUCUUCGACUGUGAGUAAGAGCUCAGACCAAACAGUCAAGCAGCCUUCCCCGAACAGGAACCGGAAGCAAUCUACGCCUUCAGCGUUACCUGAUCUCGCCGAUCCCUCAUUCUGGGCCGAACAUGGUGUGACUGUUCCAACUCAGACCUCUCAAGCUGUCACCAAGAAAGCGACCACUUCAAAGCACGCCAAGUCGCCAUCAAUCGCGAAGCGCAUGUCUGUCGUCAGUAAUGAUCCUUGGGACACCUGGGACGACAGUCCAGAGCAGAGCCGAAGCGAGAGCAGCGUGACUAGCGAUGCAGGUACUUUACCGAGUACUGUUAGCGGCAGUCCGAGGACGAGUAUCAGUGUCACUGGUUCGAGUUCUGCAGAGAAGGAGAAGCGAGAUCCCAUUCCUUGGCCAGUGUUGAGGAAGUCCGGCUUGGGGAGUCUGAGAAGAACGGCCAGCAAUCUGAUGCAAGAAUGGGAAAACUCUCUCAAACCGACGCCGAGUCCUAAUGAUAAGAGGAACAGCCAGGCGGACUAUUUGGGCGUUUCUGCUGAAGCUGAGGCUUAUGGAGCUGGAAGAAUGUAGAUGGCUGGGAUACUGGGCUUUGAUUUCUGGCGUGUAGAUAUUGGAUAUGGGACUCAUGUGGAAUGAAUGUAUUUGAUCUUGGGCCGUGAUUCUAGCUUUCAAUAUAGUUAUGGGCAGGCGAUUGAGACGUGAGGGCCAUGAAUGAGGACCAUUUAGAUUG